AUAAUCGUAGAAAAUAGGGUAGCAUCGAAAAUAAGGAGCUUGCUUUGCUUUCCUAAAAUGUUAUUCAUACUCGAUUUACGUCUUUAUACCCUGCAUCAACAUGCACGAGUCAUUGUUUGAAAAUUCCUACGAUAUUUCCGAACACUUACAUAUCCGUAUAAUGGGUAACAUUGCAAUAACUUAUUCAAUGUUAAACUUCCUUUCUGUAUCCAUAAAUAUAAUACAUAGCAGAUUUUUAUUAUAAUUAUUUAUCGACGUCAUAUCUGUUAUAAGAGAGUCAAUGUUUAUAGAUGUUUGAUUCAUAAGCAGAUCGAAGAUACUGGGUUCCUAUUGCGGGUAUAAACCUUUCAAGAAUAAUAUACAGGGCAAUUAUUGGAGUAAUCCAUAGUGAGAAACACCUUCACCAUUGUAAGUUGAGAAAGUUUGUCAACCUUAUGCAUUUUCAGACUUACUCAAACCUUCUGGGUAAGUGUACUUCAAGUGGCAAUCUUUUUUGGGAUUUUUUUCGGGGUAGAGAAAUAUUUGAACCGCCUUAUUAUUUGCAACUAUUGUUACACAUUGUUUUUUAAUCUACGCGUUUUGCCAGUUGCGCACGACCCCAGCGCUCCAUGUGGUGAUCAUCGCGUUCAGUUACCGGUAUUGUUUAUAUUACUUUUCAAAGUGCUAAAUCAAAUGUCACUUUUCUUCUAAAAAAGAUAAAGCAACCAGAUAGUGAAUGUCAAUGGUUCAGAAUGAACAAACCAUCUAAGAUAUGUAAGCUUGAUGAAACUGUGGUAAAUAGAAUAGCUGCUGGCGAAGUUAUUCAAAGACCUGCAAAUGCUUUGAAAGAGCUCAUCGAGAACAGCAUCGACGCUAAGGCAAAUAACAUUCAAAUUACAGUCAAAGAAGGUGGUCUGAAAUUGCUACAGAUCCAAGACAAUGGUACCGGAAUCAGAAGAGAAGAUAUGGAGAUAGUCUGCGAACGUUUUACCACGAGCAAACUUCAGGAAUUUGAUGAUCUCAAGUCGAUCUCAACCUUUGGCUUCAGGGGUGAAGCGCUUGCUAGUAUCAGCCACGUAGCUCAUCUCACCAUCACCACCAAAGUUGCCGAUGAUCCUUGUGCAUAUAAAGCUUCUUACAUCGAUAGCCGAUUGAAAGCACCGCCUAAGCCAUGUGCUGGUAGCCAAGGAACGACGAUACUAAUUGAGAAUCUAUUCUAUAACGUCGCAACCAGACGCAAGGCACUGAAAAGCCCUGCUGAAGAAUUCUCCAAAAUAUUGGACGUUAUAAACAAAUAUGCAAUUCAUAACGCCAACAUCGGUUUUGUGCUGAGGAAACAUGGAGACAUUGUUCCCCAGGUACGAACACCGCAUAAUUCUACCGCAACUGCAAAUAUACAGACUAUCUAUGGAAACGCUAUUGCACGCGAACUGCUGGAGGUAGAAUAUGAAGAUGCAACAUACCACUUCAAACUACACGGUUUAAUUACGAACGCCAGUUAUUCUAACAAAAUUUUCACCCUCUUAUUAUUUAUUAAUAACAGGCUCGUCGACUCAACACCUAUAAAAAGAAUGUUGGAGGAUAUCUACUCAAUUUACCUUCCUCGAAAGUCUCAUCCAUGGUGCUAUAUAUCAUUAAUGAUAAACCCAGCCAAUAUAGACGUAAAUGUACACCCCACGAAACAUGAGGUUCGUUUUUUGCACGAAGACGCUAUAAUCGAGAAAGUCAAAGAUGCUCUGGAUGCAAAACUCCUUGGAAAUAAUUCAUCCAGAACAUUUUACGCUCAAGCUAGACUCCCUCAGGUCGACAUAACAAAACAAGACCUUGAAGAAGUUCUCCCGGAGUAUAGUAAAAACAAAAACGACAAAAAUCCACCCGUUUACGCCUACCAACUGGUCAGAACUGAUUCGAGUGACCAGAAGCUCGAGAAAUUCAAUUUUACAGUAAAUUCCAACACCCCUAAGGCUGAAGACAAUUCGAGUGUCUUUAGUAAUGAAAGUGAGGAUUUUAAAAACGAAGGAAGAAAGAGAGAGGCGGAAGACAAAUCGUCGGAUACAGUCGGAGGAAAAAAGAUGAAGCUAAACUCGGAGGCGGAAAAUAAUUGCGAGCAGUCUGCAGAGGCGGUAAUUGAGCCCAAGGAAAAAAAGUCAAUGGACGAGUCCACGGGAGACUGCAAUGAAACGACGAGCUUCUUCGAAGAUUUGAUGAGCAAUUAUUUACCGCAGACUUCGACGCAUGUCGAAAAACCUGAAGAAAUCUCGUCAAAGAUGGAUGAAAAUGAUGAAUCCAACAUCAUCGGUGAAAAAGAAAUUCCAGAGACUGAGGAAAGCAGCGGGGAUGCAGUGGUAGGAAACGAGGCUUUGAAAAGGGUUUAUCAAUAUCUAGGAGACAAGGAUAAAAUCGACUACGUUAAAACUGUCACUGAACAUUCGAGUCAGGAAGAUAUUCCGGCAGUAAGUAAAACUCCGGAAAAAGAAAAAGAAACGAAUUCUAAGUCACGAAAACCAUCUGAAUUUCAAUCGUAUUCCGUCAACGGACCCAGACGGGAAGUCAAAUUAACGAGCGUCUUAAGACUACGAAAAAAUGUGGAAGACAACUACCAUGAAGGAUUGCGGGAUAUUUUAUCAAACAUGAUUUUUGUCGGAUGCGUCGAUCAAACUUUUGCACUCAUACAAAGUGGACUUAAUCUCUAUAUCUGCAACACUCCGAAACUAGUUGAGGAACUCUUCUACGAGAUCAUGCUCUACGAUUUCGAAAAUUACGGUGUUAUUCAAUUCUCGGAUCCUGUUGCGAUAUCCGAUCUUGCAAUGCUGGGUCUUGAAACGGAAGAAGCAGGCUGGAGCGAAGAGGAUGGAGAAAAAGAAGAACUAGCUCAAAGCGUAAAGGAAUUAUUACUCGAAAAAGCGGACAUGUUGAAUGAGUACUUCUCCAUAAUAAUUGACAAGAAGGGCAUGUUAAAAUCUCUGCCAAUUCUAAUUGAUAAAUAUUUUCCUUCCAUGGCGGAAAUGCCUUUAUAUAUUCUACGUUUGGCAACGGAAGUUGAAUGGACAUCAGAGCAGGCUUGUUUCGACUCUAUUUGCAGAGAGACAGCGAGAUAUUUCAGUAAAAUAAAUACUACAGAUGAAUCCCAGGCCUGGCGAAACGUGACGGAACACGUACUAUACCCCGCGAUAAAAAAUAGUCUUUUACCGCCAAAGCACUUUGCGCAUGAUUCCUCGAUACUACAAAUCGCGAGACUUCCCGAUCUUUACAAAGUAUUUGAAAGAUGUUAGCGUUUGCAUCAUACAUUUUUUUCAUUUCCUGUUGGCUUUUUGUCCGCUUUACUUUUCAAUCAUGGCAGAAAAGAUCUAGGCUCAGUUAUUUUUCC